ACUUAUUAGGAAAAAAAGCAAAAAAAAGAAACCACAAACAAGAAACAAGAAAGAAUGUUGGUUCUUUAGUGGUGUGACUCUCAAUGAAGUACCGACUUUGAGCUUACUGAUCUACUACUGCUACUCACUACUGAUUCCUUUCACACACAGACACAUUCUGUAGAAACCCUGCCCAGGGACCCCCCAUUUCCCCUUUCCCCUUUCCCCUUUCCCCCUUCCUGAGUACCCACAGAAACACACAUUUCACUAGCUAAUUUUCCUCCAUGGCAGAAUCAUGGGGUUCACUUAUUGAGCCUUGUAGAACCUCUUAUUUGCUCAAAGUUCCUUUCUUUUUACUAUUCUUCUUGAUUUUCCCACUUUCCUCUGCAUUUUCUGUUUCUUUUGAUGGUAAUGCAACUGUCGAAGCUGCGAGUCUUCAAGACCCAAAAGACAUGGCUUUGCUUUUGCUCUUCAAGUUACAGUUCCAAGAAAAUCCUUUGUCAAGCUGGGAUGCCAAUGUUCCUAUGUCAAACUGGACCGGUGUCACCCGGUCCAACCAGACUGGACGAGUCACUGGACUCAACCUCACUCGGUUCAACUUGUCAGGCCAGGUCCAUCCUUGUUUGUGUAAUCUCACUUUUCUUGAAACUCUUGUCUUGUCUCACAACAGCUUCAAUACUUCAAUACCAUCUUGUUUAUGGAGGUUGUGGAGUCUUAGGACUUUAGAUCUUAGUUAUAACAUGUUCACUGGUGUUCUUCCUAGUACUGCAUUUGCAACCAUGAGCCAGAUAAUUGAGCUUGAUCUUAGUCAUAAUAUGUUGAGGGGUGAAAUUCCAAUGUGGAUAGGAAAUUUCUCAGUCAUACUUGAAAAACUCAACUUGGGUUUUAAUAGUUUUCAUGGGGAGUUACCUAAGAGCUUGUUAAAUUUGAUGACAUUGAAGUAUCUGAACUUGUCUCACAAUAGUUUGAUAGGAAACGUGGGUGAUUUCAGCCAAGCAUUGGUUUCACUUAACCUUGAGUCUAAUAUGUUAUCGGGUACUUUGCCUUGUCUAUUUUCGUCGAGGGAAUCACUUACAGUUCUCAAUUUAGCGAACAAUUCGAUUCUUGGAGGCAUACCAACAUGUAUCUCUAGUCUUGGGGGUUUGACACAGCUCAACUUGUCACAUAAUGAAUUACGAUAUGGUAUCUCUCCUAGAAUGGUUUUUUCGGAGAGGUUGUGUGUGUUGGACUUGAGUUAUAACGAGCUAUCAGGGAAGAUUCCAAGUAGGAUUGCCGAGGCAUCAGACAAGUCUGGACUUCUACUUCUUGACCUAUCUCACAAUCAGUUCUCUGGUAAUAUUCCUGUAACAAUAACAGAAUUGAAGAGUUUGCAAGCAUUGUUUCUGUCUUACAAUCUUCUUGUGGGUGAAAUACCAGAAAGGAUUGGUAAUUUGACCUAUCUACAGGUGAUUGAUCUCUCACAUAACUUACUCACUGGCUCGAUUCCUUUGAACAUCGUAGGUUGUUUCCAACUACUGGCACUCAUACUAAACAAUAAUAAUCUUUCUGGGGAAAUUCAGCCAGUGCUUGACGCGUUGGAUAGUCUAAAGAUAUUUGAUAUAGGAAACAACAAGAUUUCUGGUGAGAUCCCACUGACGUUGGCAGGCUGCAAGUCUUUGGAAGUUGUUGACUUGAGCUAUAACAAUCUCUCAGGAUCUCUAAAUGAUGCAAUAACCAAAUGGCCAAACCUCAAAUUCCUCUCCCUUGCUCGGAACAAGUUCAGUGGAUCUCUGCCUAGUUGGUUAUUUACAUUUCAGGCUAUUCAUACUUUGGAUUUUUCUGGAAACAAGUUCUCAGGAUAUAUACCAGACGGUAACUUUAACAGUAGUCCAAAUUUCUACAAUGGCGACAUUAGGAAAACCACUCUUGCAGUACCAUCAAUUUCAGAUCGAAGCCUGGUUAUCAAACUUUCCCUCGUUGCUGAUGAAACUAGUUUGAUCUUCAACUAUAACCUCACAACCACAAUUGGAAUUGAUCUGUCUGAGAAUUUGCUUCAUGGCGAAAUUCCGGUGGAUCUGUUUGGAUUACAUGGUUUGGAGUACCUUAAUUUGUCAUACAAUUUUCUUAAUGGUCCGGUUCCAGGGAGUAUAGGGAAGUUGCAGAAGCUAAAGGCUCUUGAUUUGUCACAUAAUUCUUUGUCUGGACACAUCCCUGAAAACAUUACUGUCCUCAGAAAUUUGACAGUUUUAAAUCUGUCAUAUAAUUGCUUCUCUGGUGUUAUUCCAACAAAGCGAGGUUAUUGGAAAUUUUUGGGAGCAUUUGCUGGUAAUCCAGACUUAUGUAUGGAAUCAUCUAGUAAUGUCUGUCAGAGAACUUUCCCAGUAGAGCCAGGGAAAAAGUUUAAAGAGGAAAUGGAAGAGGGACCAUUAUCAAUUUGGGUUUUCUGUAUAAGUGCUCUAGUUAGCUUCUAUGUUGGCGUCAUUGUUUUAUUUUGUUCAACUCGAACAAGAAGCUUUAUUCUGCAAACGAAAAGUUUAACAGGUUGAAAGUGAUAACAGAUCAUUGUACAGCAACUUAUGAAUUGUAUUAUAUAGCAAAACUGCUUCAAGCA